UGGUGUCGUUAAACAAAACAAACUUUAUCUCUUCUUUCUUUUAUUUCAGGUUAAAAUCAACAUAUAUAUUAUUAAUUCCAGAAAAUGCAGACCAUUAAGUGUGUAGUGGUUGGUGAUGGUGCUGUUGGUAAAACCUGUAUGCUGAUUUCAUACACAACAAACAAGUUUCCUUCUGAAUAUGUACCAACUGUGUUUGACAAUUACGCAGUGACAGUAAUGAUCGGAGGCGAGCCGUACACGCUAGGUUUGUUCGACACUGCUGGUCAGGAAGAUUACGACAGUCUAAGACCGCUCAGUUAUCCACAGACAGAUGUCUUCCUAGUCUGUUUCUCAGUUGUCUCCCCUUCUUCAUUCGAAAAUGUUAAACAGAAGUGGGUACCUGAUAUCCUUCACAACUCAGAAGCGCCGUUUCUGAUUGUGGGGACUCAGACAGAUUUACGAGAUGACACAUCCGCGCUGACCAGACUGGCUGGCCUCAGACAGAAACCCGUGACGUCAGCCCAAGGUGAAAAACUAGCAAGGGAUCUAAAGGCUGUGACAUACGUAGAAUGUUCCGCAUUAACACAGAGAGGAUUGAAGAAUGUGUUUGAUGAAGCUAUGCUGGCCGUCUUGGAACCCCCGAAAUUAAAACGCCACACAGUGAAAUGUGUUUUGCUGUGAAUUGGUUUGUGUUGUUGAUACUUUUGCGAAAGGGGCGGGUCCCCUAUAUGUAUAUUUGUGUACUCCAUAUCAGUGAUGCAGAUAUUUCAAGAGAGAAAGACAUGGCAGCAGAAAAAUAUGUUUUACAUCAUAUACAUUUGCUACAUUCUUCUUUAAUAUUUACAUAACUAAGAAAGAAAAGAAAAGAAGAAAAGAAAAGGAAAAGAAAAGAAAAGGAUAGAGAAAAAGAAAGGAAAAAAAAGAAUAAUACAAAAAUACAAAAAUUAAAACACAAAAACAAAACACACACACAAAAAAAACAAAAAAAACAAACAACAAAAACAAACAAACAAAGAAGCAUUGUUUUGGUAACUUAUGUAUAGGCUAGCCCAAAAUACGGGCUCGUAACCUACGAUUGACGACACAUUUAUUAAUUUCACGUUUUCUAUUAUUUUUACAAACACACACAUAAUUUGUUAUGCAUGCAUAUCAUUGUUUUAAUUUUAUUGAUAGGGGCCUACUUGUUUGUGUACGAUAUAGUUGAAUAAAAUACAGGCGAUCAAAAUGUGA